AUGUUCAUGGAAGAGUUAGAUGGCAGCUUAGAAAUGGAUUUGACACAAAAUAUAGUUGAAGGAUGGCAUCAUCAGUGGAAUGUUUUAAUUGGAAAAGCACAUGUUGGUGUUUAUACAAUUAUUGAAGAAAUGCGCAAAGAACAGCAACAGAUACACAAAUAG